AUGGUUAUGGAGCAUUCUUCACUGGCUCACACGUCCAAAGCUACCUUCCUGGGUCUCCCGUUGGAGCUGCGACAGCAAAUCUACCAUGAAUACUUCAAAGUCGAUGGUGGUUAUGUCUACGAUGGCGACUCCGAUAAACUGGUCCAGGCUGAUCGACAGCCCAUAAGCAUAUCCCUACGCUAUGCUUGCCGAUCUGUUGCAGAAGAAACAAAAUCAUUUCCGUUCCAGCUCAAUUCCAUCACAUUCUCGACCCUUUAUCGCAAAGACCUUCAGCAGCAGGCGGCAAUCCACAGUAACCUCAUUCGGUUCCAUACGGUGUUGCUGUCUGAACUCUUACUACGAAUGAGAUAUUUUAUCACUCUUGAAAUGUAUGAUCAGAUCGAUGAGGUGGCUCCACAAUACCUGGAGGAAAUCAAGAGUCGCGUCGAGGGCUGCAUUCUGGACGAUGAAUACGAGAAUUCCGAAGAGGAUGACGACUCUUUGUUUGACCACAAGGAUUUCCUGGCCAUUACUGAGUUCGACGAGGGGGGGGGCGGAGGGGGGGGCGUUACUGGCGCCAGUUUGAGUUGGAAUGACAGCACCAUUGGAUUCCAACACGCCAUCGUCUGCAUCCUUCGCCAGGUCAGUGCGAAUAAUACAACUGAAAUGGCUAAGGCCAUUGAUGAGAUUCUCCCGGGGUGGACAAACUCGGCUUCGCCUGAAGAGCUUUUCGAUUUGUCAUUCGAUCAUUGGGAUAUCCCACCACUCUCGCGCCUUAGGGAAACGGCGGAACGCCUGCAACGGCAUCGCUUCUUGGAAAGCUUGGGUAGCUGGCUUCCUAUCCAGCGCGAUAACCCAACGUUAUUUGAUGCAAGAUACGAGGGACCAAGGUAUACAUAUCGCCGAAAAUAUUGGUUUUCAGCGACUGCUGCCGCUAUAAGGUUUCUGACCCGUAUGCCAUCAAUUCAACGUGGAUAUCUACAAAGGCUAGUUCUCAACGAAGGCACAAUUGCAGUUGGAUUCCCUGAGUCCCAUGCUAUUGGAUUGAUUCCUUUCUGUAAAGAAAACCCAAAGCUUCAGGUUGAACAGCGGGUUGACGUCUGGCAGAACUUUGUCAUGAGCUCCGAACAACUGACUGCCUACAGACCAAACGGCUUGAUCUUUGAACGGGGUGUUCCACAGCCCGGAGAGUUCCAUUGUCUGGACUCAAUCACUGGACCAAGUCAAGACUGGAUUUUCUCUGGUUGGGUUGUGCAUGGGAUGGAAGUCAUCAGGGCGGGAAUGCCUGUCGGGUCUUGGUCUGUUCUUUUUGACGGAAGCCCAGACCUAAACCUUGCUACCGCGUUGUUCACCACGAUUAUCCAACGUACAAUUGUCUGGCAGACCUUUUACACAGACUGUGUAUCCUUAGGCCUUUUUACAGACCCGAGCCAUCCUGACUAUCCAUUCGCCACUGUCACAUCAGACGAGGAAACCCCUGGAAGGAAGAGAAGCUCAAUCUUUCAAUGCAAUUUCAAUCUCGAUCGUCCCUGGAACCAGGAUGAGAUAGCCGCCAAGCACAACGUACAUAAUGAGGAUUUCAAAUGGGAAUUAGACUCUUGGCUGCGUGUUGAAAUUGAUCUAAACUCCCACGAUGAUCCCAGGUUUCCCAUGACUAGCCCCACAAUAGACCUUGAGAAGCUACGUCUCAGUUGCUUUGAGCGGAAAAUGAUAUCAGACCAUUAA